AUGUCUAGUUCCAAUAUUACCACCCCGCCUCCGUCUCUGACGUCUGUAGUUUCCACCACCUCUUCAGUGCGUGACUCUACCACACCUUUGCCAUCAUCAUCUACGGCACUCCCGACCACUACGUCCCAAACAGUUCCUACCACAACAACUCAACCAACAACGUCUCCAGCAUCCCCAGCCACUACGCCAUCCACCACCUCGACAACGCCUUCUAUUGUCACCGCAACUCAACCACCAAUCACAAGUACCUUCCAAACUGUCAUUGUAACUACUGUUUCACCAUCAAAUGAAACUCCUCGGACAGUCACGCAAACCAUCACUUCGACCAAUAUCACCCCAGGAGGAGCGACAAAUCUAUCAUCAUCCGUUUUUACAUCUAGCGCCGCAACUACCGGCACUUCUACCGCAGAGCAACCAACCAGCUCUUCAGCGGAAAACUCUAAUGCCGGAGGUGGGGGUUGA